GAAAGGUGCUGGACGGCAGCUCUCUAGAUGAUGAUGUGAUGGCCUGUGGGAAGACAUAAAAAGGGCCCUCGUUUCCCGCCGUUCUGUCUGCAUCCCAUCAACAACACAAUCGCAUUAUCUCUCCAAUCCCCUAUCUGCCCGUUUAACUCUAGUUUUAAUAACUAAUACCUCUAUAACCGUCGCCAUGCGUUUCUCUGUCAUCUCCGUUUCUGUCCUCUCCCUCUUUGCCUCCUCGGCCCUGGCCAUCCCCGCCUCGUCCGGCUCCUUGAGCUGCAGCCAGAUCAGCGAGGACAUUGCUGCCUACCAGGCUCGUCUGGACAAGGCCACUGAUUCCAGCUCUGCCAAGGUCCAGGCUGCCCAGAACGCGAUCAACUCGGCCAAGGAUGUUCAGACCUUCCAGUGCGGCGAGUCCACCAAGAGAUCCUACUACCCUCCUGAGAGCACUGGAUUGGAAGACCUUGGUCUGUAAACGGCCACCUCACGACAGGGGAGCGGACCCCCGAUGUCCCGCCCGGGAUUGUCCCGGUUAGAAUACCCCGACGAGUCAGAUUUCUGGACGAUGGAGGAUGAAAGCGCAAUGGCCUCGGGAUAGGUUUUUAUCCGAAAGGUUUCCCUAUCCUGUGAUGCGAAUGCAGAGGUCCAGAGAGGUGCUGGAAAGUGGAAUGUCUGAUCUUAUGACCACUUGUACGGCUUAAUGAAUGAGAUCACAUCCGCCCAUUCCUUUCAG